GCAACACUUUCUAGAGUGGCAACACAGACUUUUACCCUUUCCCCCUUUCUUUUAGCAGUCCCUAAGACAUCUCUUUGGUUCUUAACUGCUGUUCUGUGUGGUGCUACAUGGAAUAGAGUCAUAGAUUCGUUUAGGUUGGAAAAGACCUUCAAGAUCAUUGAGUCCAACCAUUAACCCAACACUGCCAAGUCCACCACUAACCCAUAUAAUUAAGCACCAUGUCUGCACAUCUUUCAAAUAUCUCCAGGGAUGGCGACUCAACCACUUCUCUGGGCAGCCUGUUCCAGUGCUUGACAACCCUUCUGGUGAAUAAAUUUUUCCUUAUAUCCAAUCUAAACCUCCCCUGGUACAACUUGAGGCUGUUUCCUCUUGUCCUAUCACUUGUUACUUGGGACAAGAGACUGACACCCACCUUGCUACAACCUCCUUUCAGACGGUUGUAAAGAGCAAUAGGGUCUUGCCCUGAACCUCCUUUUCUCCAGGCUAAACAACCCCAGUUCCCUCAGCUGUUCUUCAUAGGACUUGUUCUCUAGACACUUCACCAGCUUCGUUGCCCUUCUCUGGACACACUCCAACACCUCAAAGUCUUUCCUGUAGUGAGGGGCCCAAAAAUGAACACAGCAUUCAAGGUGAAAUAAAUGUUGGAAAUAAGUGAUGAAGCGUACCUGAGGUAAGUCUUCAAAAGCAAUUAAUGCUUUUGGGAUAUACUCUGGAGAUCAUUGGGAUGAGUGUGACUUUUUUUAGAAAUCCCUGAACCACCUUUCAAAGUAAGAUCAUUUAGAUCCUUAGCAGGAAACACCUGUAAAAAACAGCAAUCCUUUCAAACAUGUAGUCCUCUUCAGGGUUCGAUCGCAUCAUGAAAAGUGACUUGUAUGUUGAAAAUGCCCCAUAUUGUCAUUUUUUUUUUAAGCCAGCAACCAAAAAAAGCUGAGUAAGUGGCUUUGUAAACAUGCUGCUACAAAACUGCUGCUGAUAGCUGGAGAGUGUUUAUCUCAUCUGCUUUUGCUAGACUGGGAAAAGUAAAGAAAUCAUGGUGUAUUGCUAGACUUAAGCAUUCCACAUCCAGCAGUAGAGUGAUAUGAGUAAGAGGUACUUCUGACUCACUCAGUGGCUGACCACAUGAGAAGAAAAAUUGGUACAGAGUCAGUACAAAAAGCUUUGUUUGCCCUUUGCAUUACAUUUUCAUGAAUUUCUUCUGAAAGAAAACAGUUGAAUUGAAAUGAAUGUUGCAAUGAGCUGACAUUUUAAUGGAAAUGACCAUUUUUGCCUAAGGAGAAAGUAUUUGCUUAAUUUGAUCUGAAACUGCCAAUGAAUUUGUUCACCUCAAAACUACAUUUCUUUCGUUAGCUCUAACUCACAUGCAGAAAUCAUGAGACUGGCUUGCAAGACAGAGACUGAAGUUUAGGGGUUCUACCUAACUGGGAUUUGGGGCUUCUGAAGUUCAUGUUUUCAGGCUUUUCUUCAGAAAUAUGAGGCUAGCAGCUUGAUUUUUACCGAGUACUGAAUUGAUCGUCCAUAAUCCCGUGAGCCUGGGAUGCACCAUGACUGUAUACUAUCAAGAUUGUGAUGGAGUCUUGAGCAUUAGCAACAUUAUGCCAGUUAUCUUUUCUAAGUUUGUUCUGAUUUACAUUGCAAGGACUGCAGAACUAGGCCCAAAAUUAAGAGGUAAAGCAGUUUGCUUCAUUUUGGUUGUUUUACUCUGAUGUAGCGUAACACAGUCCUUUCUGAGCAUUUGCGCUCCAUACAGCAAAAAUGCUGUAUACUGUUAGUUAAACUAUUUUCACACCGGGAUGUAUCAAAAGCAGCCAGACUUUGAAUGGCAGAAAUAUGAUGGGUGAUGUCUAGUUCAAGCUUUGAAGCUUACUUUAGAAAGAAUGAAAUACAACCUGACAAAGCUUGGCAGGUCUGAUAAACUUCUUGCAGCUACAGAAGGUGAGUGGCUUUUGGAAUUGAAUACCAUCUCUGUGAAGAAAAGUCGCAGUAGAUUUCACAUGAUAUGGACAAGAAUAAUUUAUUUUCCUGUGCAUAUGAGCAGCCAGUUACUGUCCCCAUCCCAGCAUGGCUGCCAGAGCACAGAGGCUAGCAGCUCUGAGCUCAGUCUUCCAGAGCUGUAAUUUAUCUCAGCCCACUGGAGAGGGGUGUGGCGGAGCUGACCUCGGUUACGGUGGUUGCCCUUGAGAGCACCACAUUGCUUAGCUGUGAAACUACUUUUGUCUGCAAAUGGUGCCGGUUCGUAUGGGGGAAAGACUCGGUGCAAAUCCCCUCAACUCUAUUCUAGACUUCAUCAUAGAAGUCCAUCCAUGGGAGUCUUCUCAUUUCUCUCACGGGGAUGUCCAUGUCCAUGGGCAUGAAGGAGAGAGCUGAGAGCUUCUGCUGAUGUCCGUUGUCUCACCCCUAGUCAGAAAUUUUCUCUGGUGGUACUGGGGCUUCGAGUCAUGCUGUGUAGCUGGUUGAGUUAGUUGAUGUGCCACCAGUUGUUUAGUUGCAGCUGUUGUGGGAAGGCUGUAUCAUGUUUCCUCAGGUCACACAUUUUCAGGGUGGUACAAGGGUAGCAAAGGCAUCUGCACUUAGCGAUUCCCUUUAUCUGCCUGUGGCUGCUGGCACGACGUUCUGUAUUGAUGAACAGUGUGUUAACUAUGUAAAUGUGCAACUGACCUUGAACGUGUGUCUUCCCAUUAGCUUUCGUGGCUAAUGUCAGGCCAUGCACUUCAUAACUUGUCAGGACUGGAGCUCCUGGAGUCUUUAUAGUCACGGCGAGAAACAUGUGGUUUGGAAAAGUAUAGGAAGAAAUUAUUUAUCUACUAUAGCCUGCUAAAGCUCUUCUGGAGGAUUGUACUGGUGUGAAGACAGAGAUAUAAAUCAUGAAAUAGGAAAUCAUCGAUAUGGAUGCAGUUCAGGCUUGGUCGCAGUGAGAGUUGGACCGUUCCCAAAAUUCACUAAGUAAGGGUGGUAUUAAUAUUACUAGCUGACAGAGUUACAGGGUGAAUGAUUAGUUUCCAAUAAGAAAGGAGCUUUUGGAUCAGUUCCAGUUCCUUUUGGUGUAGUCUGCAAACCAGAAUGACCAGUGCCAUGACCUGGAGUAGCUGUAGUGCUUAUCAGAGACCGAAAAUGCAUGAAGAUCACAAUUUGUCUGCAUUAGGAAAUGGCAUCGCAGUUGACCUUGAGGAUGCAUAUUAGUUUGCUGUCUUCUACUGUCGUGAAGAUAAGCUCUUGGAAGCAGUUCUUCUGCGUUAGGACUCUGUUACACCUUUUCUUUUGAUAAAGAGGGGGCUUUACUCCCUUGUGCUGCCCAUUUAGCAGAUUUCAGGAGAAAGGUAGAAAGAUGAAAAAAGCUGCCCCUGCCCCAUCUAAUCUUCUUCAGACCUUAUUCAACUUCUUUAUAGUCUAUGAAAGAGAAGUAUUUACUUACUUCUUGUUCUGUGGCUUCUAACAAAAUAUUUUCCUAUUUCUUAAUCACAUCUAUUUCAGUGUAAAAGGAUGUAUUAUUUUGAUUCCCUUAGGUCUGUUGCACUUUUUUUAGCAGCCAUGUGAAGGUAGCUGUUCGGUGAUGUGGCUUGCAGGAUCACAUCCUCAGGAAGCCACGUGGGGUGCUGAACAGUUGAGGCCAGAGGUUCUCCUGCGCUCUCCGUAGCCGGCACCCGGCGCUGCCUCGAGCAGCAGCAGCAGCAGCAGCAGCAGCAGCGGCAGGAAGGCGGGUGCUGCCCCUCGGCUGUGGGGCGCCGGCGUGAGGCUUGGCGCCAGGCCUGCCGUGCCUCCCUGCACCAGCCAUGGAGACCCUGUCCCAGGACUCUCUGCUGGAGUGCCAGAUUUGCUUCAACUACUACAGCCCCCGCCGGCGGCCCAAGCUGCUGGACUGCAAGCACACCUGCUGCUCAGUGUGCCUGCAGCAGAUGAGGACCAGCCAGAAGGACCUGCGUUGCCCCUGGUGCCGCGGGAUCACCAAGCUGCCGCCUGGGUACUCUGUGUCGCAGCUGCCUGACGACCCUGAGGUGAUUGCCGUCAUUGCAAUCCCCCACACCUCGGAGCACACCCCUGUCUUCAUCAAACUGCCCAGUAAUGGGUGCUACAUGCUGCCCUUGCCCCUCUCCAAGGAGAGGGCACUACUGCCGGGAGACAUUGGCUGCCGCCUCCUGCCUGGCAGCCAGCAGAAGUCCCUGGCAGUGGUGACGAUCCCGGCAGAGCAGCAGCCGCUGCAGGGCGGCCUUCCCGCUGAGGGGGGAGCGGAGGAGCCGGACCGGAGAGGCGCUGUGAAAAGCUCCACCUGGUCAGGGGUUUGCACUGUGAUCCUGGUGGCCUGCGUCUUGGUCUUUCUCCUGGGCAUCGUCCUCCACAACAUGUCGUGCAUUUCCAAGCGCUUCACGGUCAUCUCCUGUGGCUGAGGUGGGGAGCGGGUGCGUGCGCUCCCCCGGGGGCUGGGUUGGGGUGGUGGUGGUGGUAUCAAGCGAGACAAUUCACCGCAGCUUUGCCCAGUGACUGCAGCACACUGUGCGCUGGGGCAGUGGUGCACUGGCCUGGCCACAGCCCCCAGUAGUGCGGUGUCGGGCCUCGGCAGCGUGCAGAGGAAAUCACAUCCUAUGUCUGGCAGCGGCGGCGCUGAGGAGGACUGCAUGCGUCACCGUAAUCAUUUAUCAAAGGGACUGCAACUUACAGUGAUUUUUUUUUUCUUCUUUUCUUAAUGGUGUUACAAGAUUAAAGACAUCUGUGUAGCUGGUGACACUGUAAAGUAUACGGUAUGAGCUCUUCUCUAAACACAGUAGAUUAAAAUCAAAGCUGCUCCAUGUAGAAUUAAAGGAGAAUUUGUGCGUGACUCUGUACAAGGUGUUCAAUACCAGUCCACACAUGCAUUAUUUUUUAAUGGGGAGAGGGAGGAAGACUUGUAAAACCAAGAAAUCAUUUAGCUGGUAAGACAUUUUAUAUGUUUUAAACUACACAUUAAUUAUACCAAGUUAGGGAGUUGUAGAGUAGUUUUUAAAAGGAAAUGUUUUACAAGUAAUCAUUUCUUUCCAUGGUGUGUGUUUUUUGCCUCUCUCUGUUUUUCCCCAUCUUUUUCAACAUCAGGGAAGUGGCACUUGCAGCAUCUUUAAUUUGAAGGAGCUUCCAAGCAGGGAAGCAAAGUGGGCUAGGAGGAAUAUCUAAAAAUACAGCCAAAACACUUCUGCCUAGCUGGCUUCAAGCAAAGGAUGGCUUUGAAUGGUAAACACUGGACAUACUGUUUUACAUCCAAUCUGGCAGCAGGGCUUCUCAGCAACCUGACCUUCAUAGCCAUUAGUGAAGGGUCAUGAGAAGUCCUAGGACUCCUCCUGCAAGACUGCGAUAACAAAUUGUUCUUCUUCUUUUUCUAGAGGAUGUUUUUUCUUAAUCAUUUUUAAGGAAUUUAGACCCAUUUUGCUUCCCUCUUUUCUAGGAGAUAAAACCGUGCACCCAUGGAUGGUGUGACAGAGGAGUUGCUCUAAGGAGGCCUCACCAUCCCAACUGAGACCGAGGACCCUUAUAUGCAGUCAUCUAGUAAGAGGCAGUGACUCCUGCUGUGAGGGCAACCCAGGCCAAACCAACCCUCUACGGAGUGGGCUACCCCUCCUAAACCACUGUGGCUGUCCUGGUGUCAAAAUUUCUGGGUGACUGUAACAAAGCCUUUCCUCGCAUUCCAGUCUUAUAAAUGUUGGUGUUUGUAAGGACAGAUUUUGAAAAAAACACCACAGGAAGUGUCUCCCUCCACCUGUGAGUGUCAUGAAUCCCCAGUCAUUGGCAGUUCACUUCUUUGGAAGAGCCAAAUUCCUGAACAUUCACUGCAGUAGCGCCUUGCUCUAAGCAGUUCCGCUAGCUUUAGUAGUACUGCUUGGAAGUAAAACAGAGCUCAGUGUGAAUUUGGCUAUUUGACAAGCCUGAAAGCUGAAAUUUGUGUGAGAUUUAGGGGUUGGAUCAAGGGGCACAUGACAGACCUUUAGUAAGACAGAAGAAUCUAUUGAUUUGCACUGCUGCUUUUUGCAAGUACAAAGCAUAACCUUCCUGAAGCAUGACCUCUUGUUGUCCACCUACUGCUCUUUCUAGUAAUUAAUUAGAGAUUGCUCAAUGCCAUAUUACAACACUGGAGAACAUAAUUUUGAUUAUGUGGUGCCCAAGCUGGCCCUUUAGAUACCAGUGGUGUUCUGGUUAUGUCACAAAAUCCAGUUGCUCGUUCACAAUAAACAUUCUCAGCUAGGACUUCUGCCAGGAACAUACCUCUAACUUCAUGCUGGAUUUCUUCCUCUCCCUGUUCCCAAACCACCAUUUUCUUCCUUGAUUCCUGCUAACAGAAGAAUAGCAUAUGGUGCUUAAUUGUUAUGGCGUGUGUUGGGUCAUGUAUGGAGAGGAACCAUUGUGCUGAUUUUUAUCUACUGUCAUAUGUGUGCAUAGCACAGCAAAAAAAAAAAUCCUCAGAUAACACAUCCAAUGCCUUUUUCAUGCAAGGCCCACGUGCAGUAUGCCUUGAACCUGGCUUACCAGUGUUGUAAUCACAUGGACACCUCUCCGCGGCAUGUUUAAUUUGGUUGCAGUAGGGAACAGCAGGUAUUCCAAAACGUGUCUUGUGAAUGUGCUAAUCUCUUGUUGCCACUAGGUAGCCAGAUUUCUACUGACAUCCACACUACGCUGCUUAUUCUGUAAAGGAAAGCCAGUUCACAAAAAAAUCUUGCCUUUAUAAGACUUUUGAGGAAGUGACCAGAUACAGGACUUGACCUUCUACUGCCUUAUCCCCUGUAGCAAUUGCAGGAGCAUAUAGCAUAGCUGGAAGAUGCUCUGAGAGCAGCGCUGCUGCAUUUUGCACCAGCUUCUGCAUUUGUUUACCUGAGUUGUCAAUGACUGCACAAAAACACGAGGCAGUGAAAGAGCAGGUCCUGGAGAUACAGUGCUGAUAACGAUAACCUCCUUCUGGCUGUACCUGGCCAACUGAAGCUCUUGAGGCUGAAGUUUCUCCGGCGUUACAAAGAACGGCUGUCUUGAAAACCGCCCUCUUCGUCCCUACAUGGAGGGUGCAGUAUGAAAGAUAAAUCAGAAAUUAGGUUAUAAUACCACCCUGCAUAACACAUUGUGCAACAGGCAGACCUGGACUUUAUCCGGUAUUAAUGACGUAAGUAUUAUAUUAGCAGAAUACCAUCCUGUAUUACGUAACACAGUACAUUGUUUUGUUAAUAUGAAUUUCCUGUACUUUUCAUGCCUGCUGAAAUGCAUGUUUGACCUAAUUUCUGAUCCAGACAUUUGCCUGCUCACAGCCUUGUGUAAGAGCAAUAAGUAAAACCUCAAGAUUCUUGCCUGCUUGUGCGCGCACAGUGUGUAUGUUCAUUCCUUUUUAUAAAUAGGAGUCCUGGAGAUGUUUCUGUUCUGGCUUCGGUCUGUGACUUCAAUUUUAAAUUUGCAGCUGCCAUAUCAUGUUGGAUCACCUAUCUUUUUUGCUGACUUGUGUAGAAGUGAACUAAAUUGUUUGUUGUAAUUUACAGUGUUAAAGUGUUUCUCAAGUAUGUCAAUAGUCAUACUACUUUAAAAAUGCAGUGCAGUCUGUCCCAUUCCUUGAUCCAAUACCUGGCAUUAAAAAGUGAUACUGCUAUAUACACCUCUAACUUUUUUUUUUUACUUUUUUUUUUUUUUUAAAAAAUAAACAGCUUUGUCUUUGUAAUUUUUCUCUGUGGAGAAACACAUUUGGAGUUGUGUCAGAAUCAUCAGGUUCUGGGCUAGUUUUUCUUCUCUGUUGCCCAGUAAGAAAUCACUGCUCAGUUCCUCCUCAAAGAAGACUGUGACACAGUACCGUUUGAGCAACCAAAAUUUAUGCUAAAACUUGUGGGUAAUUAUUCAAGCACCUGCAUUUUUAGAGCAAAUUACUCUGUAUGAAUGUGUAUUUAUUUGCUUGUUUAAUGGGAAGGAAGUGUGUGUUGGGGUCCAGCUUCAUUUUUUUUCCAGGGGGGAGGCCCAACUUCCAUUUUUGGCUUGUGCUUUGCUGGAAAACAGACUUUAGGGUUCACUCUGUGAAAUUUUGUUUAGUGAAUUUUAAAAAUUCAAAAUAUGCAAUUUUGGUAUGUGAGAUUUUUUUUAGGAAAUUGUGUGUUCGGUGAUUGUUCAUGCUUAACCAAGAUGUAAAGGAGCCUGGAUGGUUUGUAAACAUGGAUCAAUCAUUAACCCAAAGUUUCAUCUUUAUUAACGAAGCUCAGUCUGAAUAAAACAUCAGCAGGAAAAGAAUGA